AUGGUGUUGGCGUUGGCUGGCGAGAGGCAGGUUGAUGCUGCAACUCCUUGCAGCGCGCGUGGCGCUGUUCCAAGCGGGCCCAACCGGUGUCUGUGCCCGGAGGAGAGACCAAAGUGCAUUGGAUUGUGCGCUUCUGGGGUGCACAAGACCACCGGCAAGGUUGUCCAUGGCUUCCGCACCACAUGUGAAGAGUGUGAGUGUGUUGUGGAUUCGGAGGCUGACACAGAGUCCACGUCCAAGCCGGUUGUGGUGGAGUGGGACGCACCGCGGCAGGAUGAACAGCAACCACGACCUGUGGCUUCGUCCUCCAAGACACAACACGAUCAGACGUCAUCGUUUCACGGCCCUGAUGACGGCGAAUAUCCGGCAGACUACGCCGCUAAACUUGCAGCCAAGUCGGAGAUUGAUUUCGAACCGAUUGCAGCCCGCUUGCGAGGCGACACCUCCCUGGACAUGCGGGACGCUCGCUACUGGGAUGAUGGCAUUGUGAAGCCGCGGCUUCUCGUCAUGACAGUUGCCACUCAUCGGGAACCCUUUAUUGAAUUGACGGAGCAGAGCGUUGGCAACAUCGGCAAGAAGCUGCUCGUGGCGGGAGAGGGCGAAUUCUUCAAGGGGUAUGGCUGGAAACUGAAGAAAGUCAGGGAGACACUGCUUAAGUACAAGGACGAUUAUGACAUGGUUCUCUUCACGGAUUCGUUUGACAGCUUUGUGUUUGCCGAAGAGGACGAACUCAUCGACACGUUCCGAUCCAUGAACGCCCCCAUGGUCGUCAGUGCCGAGGUCAACUGCUGGCCCAACCCCGAGCUGGCGACGGAGAUGCCACCAUCAAGCAGCGUUGGCCACUACCCGUAUCCAAACAGCGGAGGGUACAUGGGCUAUCUUGGAUACAUCUUGCAUCUGUACAACGAUGUGAUUGCCAUCCACCACAAGUCUGAUUGCUGUGAUGAUCAGGGAGAACUGAUCAAGGCGGUUGUACUGGACAACAAGGCGUUUCGCAUCGAUCACCAAGCCGUUCUUUUCCAGACGCUCUUCGGUUCCGCCAAACGCGAUGUCGUUGUGCGAGAUGGGCGCAUCCACAACCAGGCCACGCACACCUCUCCAGCGGUGGUGCAUGCCAACGGAUGGGACAAAGGACCCCUCCUCGACAUUCUGCAGCAAGCAGGCGAGCUCACACCGCAGUACCGCCAACAACUCUUGGACCUCAAGGCCACCCUAGAGAAACAGAAGACGCUUGAGAAGCGCGAAAAUGCCGUCAACCAGCGAUGCGAGGACCACAACCCAAACCCAAGCAUGGAUCCAGAGAGGAACUUCAUCAAGGAGUACGGCCUGAUGCCGCUGUCAAAACUGCGCAGGAAACAGCUCAAGCAGGAGAAGAACGUCACCUGGCAUCAAAUCGAGCAGCAGGUGUACGAGGUGCAAGAAUUCAGAACGCAUUGCCCCGAGACGCCGCUGCACUAUCGCACCGCCAAUGGCGGUCCCGAUGUCAGCGAUGACCGCACAGCAUCCAUCGACCCUCUUCGCACAUGCUCAUCGUUCAAGGUGUACGUGUACCCUCUGACCACUGACGAAGAGGCCGCCCUGCCAGCCAUCUACCGCGCCAUCCGAACCGCCAUUCGUGACGGCCCGUACAGCACCGAUGACCCAUCAAAGGCGUGCCUCUUCGUGCCAAGCACAGACGUAUCGUGCUGGUGUGAAGAUUGCAUGCAUGGCACGUACUCUGGCAACAUCGAGUCAAUGCAUCCCGUGAGCGCAGCCAUCGAACGCAAUCUCUCCAGGCUUGCGUAUUGGAACGAGGGCCGCAACCACAUCCUGUUUGAGUACAGCGACGCACCAUGUCUCCCCUGGCAUGCAGAACACGCCAUCGUCGCCAAGGUUGGCUUAAGUGAAUUCCACCACCGUGACGGCCUCGAUGUGUCCAUGCCACUCUUCUCCAUGGUGACAUUCACACCGGAGCAGCGGCGCGUUCCGCCCGCAAACAGAAAGUACCUCGUCACCUUCAGGGGCACGAAGUCUGCUCGCUCUGAUGCCAUGCGCAACCACCUCCCAAAGCUGCACAACGGCAGGGACAUUGUGUUGGUGUGCGCGUGCCGGUGGUUUGGCGAAGAGCGAAUGGGUCGUGAGGGGAAGGUUGGAUAUGACCCCUCGUGUAAGCAGGCAGAAGAAGAGUUCAACAAGUACACAUACACGGAGCUGGCGCUGGAGACCAAGUUUGGGCUUAUUAUCAUGGCUGCGGGUGCCAUCCCCGUCAUUGUCGUCGAUCACUACGUGCUGGUGCGUCUCCCGAGGAUCCUGCGGUCGAUCCGAGAUGAGGUGGUGGAGAUGAUGCAGAGACGCGUUGUGUUUGUGUUUGAGGAGUUCUUCAAGUCCCUCUCCACCCAAGUGCACACAGCGCUGGAGUCUGCCAGGAUCAACCUGUUCAGUGGCGACAACGCGUGGUACCUCAAGGGAAAGAUGCAAGUGGAAGGGCUGGCGUACGACACGCCCAAUGAGACGCCACACGAUGUGAUGCAGGAGUCUGUAUGGUGCAACACCCCCGCCCACCGACGAAAGGCGGCAAAGGAUAAUGCACCCAUGUGAUGUGUUUGCGUGCGACGAUGAGGAUGAGGAGGAGGAGGAGGAGGAGGAGGAUGAGGAGAGGAGGAGGAG